AUAAAUAGAGCAUUGUAGAAAGAAGAUACUCUGAUAAUUACAAGUCACAUAUAGAGAUCCCAAGUACAGAAUAAGCAUGGCUCGUGCUUCACCAAUCUUUUCAAUUACCUGUUUCUGUCUCUUUUUAUUGGUCCAACAAUUAGCUGAUGGACAAACCAAGAAAUGUCCCCCAUGGUGCGUUUCUAAACACGAUGCUUCAAUGGAUCGGGUCAAGAUGUCACUAGAUUGGAUCUGUAAGAAUGGAGCGAAUUGUGGCCCAAUAAGCCCAGGUGGGCCUUGUCAUGUUAAAGGUGAUCUCAAGGCCAUGGCUUCUUAUGCCUUCAAUGACUAUUUUCAGAAGACUAGAGUUUCUGGUGGGCUUUGUGAUUAUGGUGAAGUAGCUACCCUAUCUAAUUCAGAUCCCAUGAAAGUCCCAAGUAUGUGCGGCACUUGGAAUCAGUUGAUGGAGAAUCAAUCUAGUACGCUACCCUUUCUCAAUCAUUAGAUGGUUAAAGGGAGAAUUGGAGAUCAUGCACAUUGACAAAGUCGAAGAACCAACUCAAGGCUGCCAGCACAUUGUGCUCGAAGAAGCACAGACCAUCAGCAAUAUUCUACCUUUGUUUGUUCUAUGUACUAAUGUCCUAUCCAUUUGUUAUAUAUGACCCUAUCAUCAUCAUCAUUGUUACCUGAAACGACAUUCAGUUUUGAACGGAAAAAAGGGACAGGGAACGCAAUCUAGAUUGACUCGAGAACGAUUGGGUACAAGAUACAUUUUGUAUAAAAAGUAUAUUAAAAAACAAAAUUAAAUUAAAAUGAUAUUUUGUUUUAAGAAAAGUUUUUAAGUUGGUUUUUUAGUUUUUUAGAUUUCAUCUCGCUUUUCCUUCCUUGUUUUUUAAAUUUGUAAAUAAAUGCCAAGGAACCUUUUUAAAAAGGUCUUCUACACCGAAACGUUUCUACACCGAAACGUCACGUUAAGCGAUUUGGAUUGCGUUUCGUGGUGUGAUUAGGGACGGAUGUUCUCGGAUCGCGGAACGUGGCUACGUUUCACGUUCAUGUAAGUAUGAUCAUCAUCAUCAUACCCAAUGUAUCCCGUCCAUAGAAACACUAUAAUCAGGGUCUGGAGAAAGAAUGAAAGCGACAACUCAUAUCCAUAAAGAAGAGCGUGACCAAAGAGUUUCUCGACUCGAGAAAGAACAAGAGAUGCUCCUACAACGAAUAGGACUGAGUGAAUAUACUAUCCUAGAUCAUUUAUAAGAAAGAAAAAACUCUCAUUAGAAACUCUCCUUUCUUGCUUAGUUUAUUACUCCCUAACUAAGGCUCAUUUUCUCAUUAAUCUAGAUCUAUUGUAAUUCCUUCAAAUUAAUAGCUUUUAUACAUAUUAUAUUACAAUCUUAGAUAGAGGAUGUAGUUUUAAUUUGAUGAAUCACUUUAAAUCUUGUGUUAUUUAAUUUUUUAUUUAUUUUAUCAUUCAUUAUAUUCGUACAUAUAUAGUUUAUAUUAUUGUGCACUACAUAGAUACUCAAUUUUUUUCCCAAAGUAUUGAUGUUGCAUGUGUGCCACUCAUUUCAUUAGUAUUUUAUUGUCUUUAAUCAAUAAAUUAGAACAUUGUUUAAUUAUCUCGAUUCAAAAUAAGUAUAACUUUUAGUGUUUAUAAUUUUUAAUUAGUAUAAGUGGAGAUGAUAAUAAUCGAAAAUGUUAUGUUAAGCGGUAUAAUUAGAUGAAAAUUUACGAAGAAUUUGGAGAUGAAACUUUUGAUAAUUUUAUUUUCCAAUUAAUUCUUACCAAACAGAUUAUAAAUGCUAACUAAUGAAAAUAAAUUCGGUAUUAUCUAAUUGUUUACUUUUCUUCUCGAAGGAUAUAAUUGAUUUUAUUUUAUUAAAUACCAAACAAUACUUCCUUAACUAACAUCAUGAUUGAU